AAAUAUUUUUGACCGUGCACUUUGAAAGCAGAGCUCUCAAGACACAUGAAAAUGCACCGAGUCACAGCCAUCAUCCUGGCCAUUGCCAUCUCCAGUGCUGCUGCAGCACAAUGGGGGAAAAUCUGCUCAAGCCAAUCUGCCAACAAACUCAGAGGCUGCGACUCGUGGGGCUGCGGUGGAUACAACAGCCCCAGAGGUGCGAGGAAGCACAAGGGAGUGGACCUGGUGUGCAAGGAUGGCUCAGACGUGUUGGCACCCUUCACGGGGAAGAUCGACAAGCAAGCCAAGCCCUACGGGAACGGCAAUGGUAUCGACAACGGGCUCCAGCUCUCAGGAUCAGGAUUCUGUGUCAAGAUAUUCUACAUCAGACCUGUCAAGUUCAGUGGCCCCAUCAAGAAGGGAGAGAAAAUCGGCGUCCUGCUGCCCAUGCAGAAGGUCUACCGAGGAAUUGUAUCCCAUGUCCAUAUCCAGAACUGUGACUUAUCAGAUCCUACUCCCUAUGUGUAAACAAGCAGCUGCACCUCAGGGACAAAGCCUUCAGCCCCCACUUGUGUAUUCAUUACAUUGCUUGGGCAUUAGUAGUCACUCUAGUAAAGUGGAAGCUGCUGAGCCUCCAACAGUUGUUCCACCUAAAAUGUAUUCAGGAAGAAAAUGCUGGGAGGUAUCUCAACACAACCAGAGUCAGAGUAAAAUAUAACAUAUGCUUCAAGCUGUUCCUGUAUCCUGCACAUCACUGCUUGUGGAUGAAGGCUAAAGCAGCAGGGGAGGAUGGGUGGAUGGGAGUGGGUGGAUCCUUGUGCUGCUUUCAACUGGGAUAGAGUUAAUUUUCUUCACAGCAGCUAGAAUGGGGCUGUGCUUUGGGGACUGGCUGGGCACUGGUUGGUUGGUGAUGAGCAGCUGUUUCCAUGUGCAUCACUUGUCUUUCUUGGGUUUUAUUUCUCUCUCUUCAUUCUUUUCCUUUUCAUUACAAUGUAAUCAGUAUUAUUUUAUUUUAUUGCAUUUUACUUCAAUUAAUAAACUGUUCUUAUCUCAA